AUGAUGGCUGACGCGAAUAACUUCACCUUGUACAGAGUUGGGUACAUUCUGCCAGACCUGGCUUGCCUCAUUCAUAAUGCAACAGGAAGACGGCUCUGCUGCUGCAGUACGAGGGCUGAAUCUUAUCAUUUUUGCUUCUAUUCUUCAUUCGUAUGCUUCUUCCGCCUUGCUGUAGACAACCCCUUUGCUCACGCGACGGCCAUCAAAAUUACGUUGCCCAAUUUUAGACUUUUGCCCUGCACCUCUUCCACCCUUUCCAGCGUACGCGAUAGGCACCAACUUACCGUUUUAUGCCGAGUGAGUCUGUCAGCGUUUACUACUUUUACUGCGAGUCUGCUAUGCCGGUGCUCUUUUGCAGAGUCGGGCCGAUCUGUAGACGCGAUAAACUAA